UAAGGGCCAAAACGCGAGGAGCCUCAGAGGGGCUAUGUGGACACCGCCAUGGAGUUUCCCAGUGAGUUAUGGACAUGCCUUCGAGCUUUUUUUCUCUCUCUGUACACUGGCAUUAGUAGCAUGUCUUUUUCACGCUUUACGCUCAGGGGGACUGCUUGCACGGGUUGAUGUUUAAUAGCUCACCACGGUGCGCAAAAAGGCGCGUCCUCGUCCCUGUGGGCCAGCACGUUAUCGCUAUAUCCUUAGGGGAGGUAAAUAAAAGGUUUUGCACAGCGGUGAUGCAAAGUCUGAUAGGUGCCUGCUCUCACAGCAGCACACGUCUUUCUAACACAGACCCUCAUGCCGGUCGGACUAACGCGAGGACCAGUGUUGUAUACUUAGCUGUAUGAUGGACUGACUGGAAUGGACCGGUUUUUGGACCUUGAAUCUUGAAGACUGUUACUCUACUGAUUUAGUUCACAAUGCUUUUGAAAGAUGCGGCACUUAUUUGCGAAUGUUGCAGAAAACUGGUAGAGGUAAGAGCGCUUGUAUUCCUAACCGGUCUGGUGCGUUUGUGUGCUGCUGCUCCUGCGCUGUCAGUGUGCUCAAAAUUUUACCACACGUUCAUUCUGCUAGUUAGUGUACAGCGGUAGUUUUAAAUACCAAAAAAUCCACACAAGCAAUAGUAAUGACACCACCUCUAUGGAACUUCUCAUCCAAGAGGAAAAAUAGGAUUGCUUAGAAUAAAAAAACAAAAAAAAAAAAAAGAAACUCACUGAAACUGAACAGAUAAUGACUGAAUUAUGUCAGAUAUCUGUUAGAAUCGAGUUGUAUUUUGAAUAUCUUGCUUUCAUAAGUUAUUGUCUGACUUGUGAACUUCACAUACUUAACGAUCACCUUCUGAAUGCUUUACAAAAGUCUGUAUUUAUUUACCACAAUUCAUAGAAAUAGACUGUGUAAUGCUGCUAUGCAUUAAGAUAUUUCAUUCGUUCUUUUUAAGUGCGGCCAGUUGAUGGCUGUAAGGUGAUUGCUGUUAUACCUAAAAUGGGACUUUUUAGUCUUAGUGAGACAAUCAUUUCCAUGUUACAGAUGAAUUGGGUGUAAGACAUUAUGCUGGUUCUAUGUCUUUUAGUUUUGGAUGAAUCUUAUUGGAGCUGCUGUUUUAAUCCCCACUCAUGUAUCACAUGUGACACAGUUAUUGUAACUAUCUGCUGAACUAACAGUCUUGUCUGCUGAAUAUUGAUUUACAGUUUGUUUUUGCUGUCACUGGGAAAAUACCCCUGUCAUUCUUCUCUACCAUGACACCGCAUACUGUUCACUUCAGGGUACUGAAUGUAAAUGCUGACUCAGCACUUUUUUGAGCCGCCAUCAGACAUUUGCGUCAGCAGAAGAGAGGAAAAGGUCAUUGAAGAAUGACAACAAGUGGGAUUCCAGCAAAGCUGAAGAGGAAAUGAUCUAACGUGUGUCAUCUGAUAGCUAAUAAUGUACAGCUCUGCACUUUGUUACAGGAAAGACCCUUUUAAAGAUAGAAAGGACAUUGCAAAGCAUUCAAAGGCACCUAUCCAAUUGCUUAGGUUUACUUUUAAUGGUACUGACUUAUCAGACACCUGUGCAAUUUUAAGUUUUAGUGUCACGUUGACUAGUUGUUGACGUAUCUGAGUUCUUUCUGAAAAGUUCAAAUCAUCUCACGUGAACAUCCAGACACCUCUCCAAAGUAUCUGUCACAUACCUGGAGUGGAGCUUGCCAUCAUCCAAAGUGCUGCCACUUGUAGACUACCACUUCCAACUUGAAAUAGCAACAUGGUUUUGGCAGCUGAUGUUGGCGUACUAAGCUGUUAACUUUUAGUUUGGCUACCUUCCUGGACUGCAAAUUCCACCAACGUGGUGGGAAUGUUGAUAGAGAGAGAUUGUGCGUGUGUGAGCUGCUCAGGUUGACGCAUUCUCACGUAGGCAAGGGCAGUGCUGUGGGGGUCACCAAUAAUCCUCAAGCUGAGUCACACACGUAAUCAUUCAGUCAUGUGACUGCCUCUGAAAGUGCUGUGUAAAUGGUGUGUUGUGUAUACUUGAGACAACAUAGUUGAUUCAAAGUUUUGUUCCUGAAUGAUGAGAUGGACAGACUCCAAGGUUUGUAUAACUUAAAGUACCGUCAGAGGUCUGGAAAAGACCGUAUGCACGAAGAUUUAAAGUUUGUGAAGUGGACAAAUCUAUGAAAGCCUGCUCAUAAAUGAAGCAGUGUCAAAAAUAAAGUGGAAUAGGGGUCAACAGAAUAAUAACAGAGCCAGUGUAGCUGGAUUUAUUAUUCUUGUGAAAUGCUUUGAAAUGAGUUUCAUACAGUUCCCCAGGGAAAGGAGGUUAUGGUACUGCUCUUAGCGUACAGGAAGAUAUUAGUGGACUAUGAGGUUAAGGGACAGAGCGCGUCACCAGCACAGCUUUGUAAAAAGUUUACAUAAAGAUAAGAAACAUGAGUCAUUGGUGUCGUUUUAUGGACACAGAUUGAUUCAGUGUGUUGACCAGAAUCUCCCCAAAUAUUGUUGUAGUGUAGGAAGAGCAAAGGAGGUUCAGCUGGUAACACUUAAAACCCUGUAAGGAACACAGCUUAUGUUCAAAAAAAUCCCUGAAUCCCAGUAUAGUAAUGGCAUUUUGAUUUCAAAUACUGUUUGUCAAGAUCAUCCGGGGAUACAGCUGCAUACCUGCAUUAUUAGAUAAACUUCUUUUUACAGAAUGUGUUUGUCUGAAAGUCUGGUUCUUCAACUAGCCUAUAUCUGACCUGUCUGUCUGGGAAGAUCAUCUGUAUCUCCUAUCAUCCUUUUGCGUCACACAUCCAGGCCACUGUGAAAGAGUGCAUUCAGCAUGGGCAUAGAGGACUGAGGCUAGAUGCCCACAUGACUCCUAACACUAGCUCCUCUCUAAUUCUAACUUCACACAGUGAGUUUACGGACUGCUGUGCUUUCAUGGGAUUUAUUAUCUUUAUGAGCGUUGAGAGGAGGUUAAAAUAAUGUGUACAUUUGUGAAUGAGACUGUGUAAUCACCCAGUUAUGGAGCUAGCCUGUAAAUCUGUCUAAAUGUGGGUUAAGAAAAAGCAUAAUGUCUUCUUUCUGCAUGUUGUCGUCUGUAGGUUUCUGUACAGAAACCAAUAUAUCACAUGGUUCAUCUUGUGCCACAUAUGAGAAUGAAAACUGGUCAAUAACAUCCAGAUAAAGUGGGGAUAGAAGCAAGGUCACCAGGCUUGGCACUUUGAUGCUCAUCAGGAUAUUCUGGAGCUGCUUUGUGCUGAGUGAAGACACUGAACUAUAGUAUGUCAGGGCUGCAGUUUUUCAGGAAAGAGAGAAGAGCUAGAGAACAUACCUAGAGUCUUACCAGGAUUCGCUGAAACAGUAAAUUGAGUGUAGUAGUUAAACUGGCUGUCAAUUAUGAAUUGGUAUGUUAAAUGCAAAGUUACACCAUUUCAUUUUGACUUUUUUUUUCACUCCCAUUGACUGUUAUACUUUUAUCAUUGAUUGUCAGCAUUACUCAUUAAAUGCACACAAUGCAUUCAAGUAUUUUUGACUACUGCACUUUUUUCAUUUAUGUUGGAGAACCCUACAUUUUUUCUACUUACUAAUGUACAUUCAGUACCUCAAAAUGACUAAGCAAAAACAAGUUUUGUUAUUUUUUCCCCAUUCUACUCUCUAAAACUCUGUUAGACAGCAAAAAGUAGUUUCUAAUGUCUCCUUCAAGACUUUUGAUUGGAUACAGUUCAGAAGUCACAGAGCAAGAGUUUGUGUUUGCAGAGAAAUUCAUAUAUUUGUGAUAGUUGUAGUGUAGCAGUAUUCUGUAAGAGCUCUUACUCUUGAUCAAAAGUCUCACAAAGUGUAUGCAGGACAGAUGAAAAACAAAUGUGGUCUUAAUGCCGACUUUGGUUUCAUCUUUUAGCAGCCUAUAAGUGACUAUGUCUUUAUCUGUGACAACAGGACUGCUCACCUUGCUGUUAAUAGUGUUGGAGUGGACCCGACCAGGCCUUCUAUCCCCUCUGAGGCCAAUCUGUGACCUGAGGGUCCUGGACCAUUUCAUCAAGGAGGCACGAGACGCUGAAGUGGCUAUGGUGAGAGGAAAAUGUAUGCAUGGACUCAGACAUAUUUUGAUCCUGGAAUCCUCAAACUGAACAUUGAAGUUCCAUGACAGAAAAGUUCUCCAAACACUCACAUUCUUACUUUGUGCUUUUACUAGAAGUCAUGCAGGGAGGGAUGUAGCCUGUCAGAGUCUGUCACUGUUCCCCAAACCAGAGUGGAUUUUGAUGUGUGGGAGAAGAAAAUUGUAAGUAACCAGUGGAUACAGCUGAAACAGCCAACAGCAAAUAAAGAAAGGCUUUGAAAUGCAAUUCAAGUUUAAAGAAAUAUGCAUUUUUUUAAAUUUUUAUCAACAAAACUACCUUUUGCUUUGAAAGUCAAGUUAAUUUAAAAAAGUGAGCCAAUAAUGUACUUCUUUUGUUUUUAAUCCCUUGCAUAAUGAGACUCCUCCACUUUUGUCUUCUUUUCUUUUUAGGCUUUGGAGAAAGCCCAGGAGGUGCAGAUUGGCCUAUGGUUACUAAAACAAGCCCUGAGCUUGCUACGGACAUCAGUCACCAAUACAGCUCUUCACGGCCAUAUAGACAGCUCCAUCAGAAACCUGCUCAGCAUCAGUGCUGUGCUGCGCAGCCUUAACAUCCAGGUGAGCUGCAGCAGGUACGAAGGUGUAAAAUAAUUGUUCAGGAAGUGCAGAGGCAAGUGACUGGUAAAAUGGUAAAAAGACUUUGUUUAUGUAGUACUAUUAUUUACAUGUCCAAUUCUCCCAUUCACAUCACUAUUACACACUCAUGGCAGCCACUGCUUUGUAAAGCACCCUCCAGUUCACAUGCUACAGGUACAGUCAGUAGGGGGCGUUUGGGGUCAAGUGUCUUGCCCAAGGACACUUUGGCAUGUGGUCAGUGGGACCUAGGUUUGAACCCCUGACCUUCCUACUGAGGACAACUGACUUUACCACUGAGUGUCAGCCACCCCUUGUAUUUUAAUUAACUUCUGAAACAGAGUAAAAACCUUAUCUUCACUUAGAAAGAUAACUUUGCUGAGAGAGAACACAGUUCAGCUUCAUGUUUUUCAAGUUUUCCAUGAUUUGGAAAUUAUUUUAACUAUUUAAGAAGAAACGGCAUCUUUUUUUGUUCUUCUAUUUAGGAUACAGUGUUUAAACUUGAAAUCAGAUUUAGUUUCUAAAGAUAGGGCAUAAGACAUUGAUAGAGAAGGUCUUGUAAAGAUGUCAUAAGACAUUGUGACUACAAGCCUUUGGGCGCUGCAGCUGCUGUUUGUACUUAUUCUUAGACUACAGCCUGAAAAGUUUCAGGUCUAAAACUCAAGCUGAAUGAACAGUCUGUGUCCUGGCUAAGGGAAUACCAGGAACACUGAACAGUGUUCUCACAUAUGAAAACAAAGACACAUUUCAAACGAGGGGUUAGAAAAAGUUUACGAAGCUUGCAAAGGUUACAUUGUGAUCCUGUCCUCAUCAAGCGAUCAUCAACACGACAGUGUUUCUAAGACUUUCUUGUUGAGAUUAGUUCGCUCUUUGGGCAUUAGGUGUUAAUAUAUGAAGUUUAACCUCACUAACCAGGUGACCAUGAAUCCUGUUAGUUUAAGUUAAAUCUCAGUGGAAAACCUUGUAUGGUUCUCAAAUGUUUUUGGAAUGGUAAUGAAAAGUAUUGUGGUAUUAGAAGGUCAUGAACUAGGUUAUGAGCAUUUAUUUGAUCUUUCUAUGAGUUAUUAUCGUUGCUAAUAAUAAAAGAAAAAGUGCUCCAUCACCAUCUCUCAAAGCACUUCCUGAGACACUUACUGUUGGAUCCUAACAAACCAGACCUUUAUGUGCUUUUUUAGGGAGAGAAAAGACUUUCAACAAAAAAUUCCAUAACUUUGCUGCAAAUAACAUGACAGUUCAAAUUUUAUGAAAGAACUUGUUUUUUUCUUAAACAUAAGACCUAUCUAACAACUGCAGUCGCAUUUCUAGAGAAAAGCAACCUCCUGGGAAAUUUACCACCAUAUCACUGCAUAACAUAUCAGUUAUGCUAUUUUGUGCUAUUUUACAAAGAGAAAACUCACAGAAAUCCUUUUGUUUAGCUACAUCAACCCCCCCUGGUUUCGGUUUAACACUUAAUUACUUUUUCAAAAAAUUCAAUAAAUCAAGUCUUUCUGUAUUUUCUUCCCUAAAGCACUGAAACCCUAAAUAUAAUCUGCUGUCAAUUUGUUAUAAGGAGUCUGUACUUUCUUGCCCUCUGCCCAUAAUUCUGCAUGGAGCUUUAAGAAAGCAUUUAGUACUUUGUAUUUCAUCGAUGCAGCUCUCACAAAACAUGAACCUGCUGGUCAUUUUGAUCAAGUUUCUUGUAAAAAAAUUGAAGUUGUUUAUUAUCAUGACCCCAGAGUGUCCGCUGCCAACAAUUUCAUAUCCAAAAUUCAGUGGUCUGUCUUCCUCUCCCUCUCUGAUUCUCUGUGAACCCAAAAGCAAGACUGGCUUCAUCAUAUUUCCUUGACUGACACUUGCCUUUAUUGUCUGUGAAGAUUAAGUCAUUCUGUCAGGUGUGUUUAAAUGAACACUAUUGUUUGUGUGCUUGCCCGGUUUGUUUAUCCUUCCACUGUGAAAACAGUUCAGCAUUAAAAUAAUAGUUCUGAUUCACAUGAUUCACCUGGCCACAUACUUAUAUUUUUUUCUUCUUCUUUAUUUCUAAAUUAUCUUAAAAUCAAGCACUAUAAAAGGAUGCCAAAUUCCAAAAUUAGACAAGAACCUUGUGUUUCUUUGUUUUCCAAACAGGAAUUCACCCCACCAGACAGUGCAACAGGGCUUGAGGGAACAUGGACAGUGUCCUCAUCAACAGAUUUGCUUCAAGUCCAUGUCAACUUCCUUCGAGGCAAAGUGCGCCUCCUUCUUUUAGAUGCACAAGCUUGUCAGCAAGAUGUCAGCUGACCCCCCUCUUCCAGGUGAAGCCAAUUUGUUUCCUAAGGCAUGAGAAGGGACUAGUCUCUGCUGAUCUGCAUGCUGACUGCUGGAAGCAGUGGGGAGAGAGAAAAAGGUACACCCACCCUUAAACAGGGGGAGGAAGCUGGAAGAGGAGAACAGCCUCAGCUCGGCUUUGGAUGGUCAGAAUUCAGCUGCACUUUGGAAUGUAGAUGUCAAGCAUGAACAUGAUGAAGCACACACUAAUCAUACAAUGUCUACAGGAAACCUAACUCCAAUAGUUGUUUCAUUGGCACUUUUUUGCACUUUGUGUGAAUGUACCUUUGUGUGUGCCGGUCAGGACUCUCAGUUUAAAUGUAAAUGUACAUAGUGUCUAUGUAUGUGUGACUGUUUCCAGGAAGCUUCACCACCUUUAGCCUGAAGUGUGGAUUAUACAAUGGUUGGUUCUGUCCACAUAAUCUAAUUGGGCAAGAUGCAUUCCUCAAAUGCUGAUAUACGUCCAGUACUGCAUCACUGGGGCUUUUCACUGUGUAUCACUCCACCUCAGCCAAGCCCUCUGAAGGCUUCAGCAGAUGGCCUUUGCCAAGACUAACCUCUGAAUCACACAUGCCAUCAAAGCAACAGACAACAGAUUGAUUGAUGUAAAAAAUAAGAAGUCGCUGUUCUGUGGUAAUGUGUAGACACACACAAAGCAGCAACAGUGCUGGAGAGCAUAUAGGCAUUAAUUGGCAAUAGUGGAGUAUCAGUUGUGUUUUCAGAGGCAGUUCUGUCAAUCAGUCAGAACACACCAAUACUUAAUACUCUAAGCUGCUUGUAGAACUGUUGUUUAAAAGGAAUGUCACGUAUAAGGUUGUGGCACUGGGACUACCUAACUGAAACACAGCCGUACUCACAUUCAGCACAUCUCACGUGAGAUUUUGCUUGAGUAAAGCACACAGAAAGUAUUGAUGCACCUGGAAAAUAAAGGACUGUCAGAUUGCAAUAGUGUAUCCAUUUCCAAUACCAAGAAUGAGGCUUCAUCCCAACAACCUGUUAUGUGUUUAACUGUGCCGCACCGAAAUAGGAGUCUUUUUUCUUCAAUAUUUUUUCAGUGGAUAAUUUAAUAUAAAAUGUUUUGUAGUCAUUAUUUAUAAACGUCUUUUUUACUUAAAGCUCUAGUAUUGGAUUUUUUUUUCUGCUUUCAAAAAGUGUAGCUCUCAUGUUCCCUUGUUGCACACUGAAAACAUUUGCAAAGGCAAGUUGGUGUCUUUUUUGUAUUUUAUAUUCCAGACUUAAUGUUUAAAGUUUCAUAUUGCUACGAAAUUACAGGAGGGAGGUUAAAUAGUUAAUGCAUAGAUUGAGUUUGGUGGACAGGAGAACAUGAGGUCUGCUGCUCCCUCACAGACUACACUAAUCUCUACUUACAAAUAGCCAGAUUGUCUGGAAAAAGAAGCUGUUUGGCUUUUGAGAGUGAACAUCCUGUGAGGCUGUGAUUGCAGUUUUACAGAAUCUGACGUGAACUCGGUCUCUUUCCUCUUGUUCGUCAUCACACAGCAGACAGGCAAUCAGCUAGUCCUGGGAACUAGAAGUUUCCAGUGACAUGAAUUGCAAAAUGAUACCCAACCAGUUAAGUGCUCUUCCUUGUUUUUUCCUUAUUUUUAAUUUUUUUGUGCCAGUGGAACUUGUUUUUUAAGGAUGUUUGUACAUGUUUUCUUUCCUGUUGUUUUUUAGUUGUUUUGUCC